AUGUAUGCAGAGUUAGAACCAGAGGAACAUCAGUCACACUAUUUUUUCCACCACUUCAAAAUGAAAUUGUAUGAGAGUAAGAAACUCACAAGAGAAACGUUCAUCCGUGAUCAGACCGGAAAAGAUAUGAAAGCUGUGGAUGUUUACAGCAUUGUUUUGCAAUACUUUAAUAGAGCAGCUAUGCAACAAGUUGGACAGGUAAAAAAUGAUCAACCCGUCCAGGGGUUUUCUUCAAAACACAUUCUAUGGAUGCUAUCAAUGCCGGCCAUUUGGACAGACUAUGCCAGGCAGUUCAUGCGGGAGGCUGCCACAAACGCAGAACUUGAAAAUGUCAAACUAGUUUUGGAAUCGGAGGCUGGUGAUGUAUUUGCCAUCGACAAACAACUUAACAUGAGACAGGACAUGUUCGCAGGCAAGUUUCCAGUUGGACACAAGUACAUCUUGGCUGACCUUGGUGGAGGAACAGUUGACAUAUGUGUUCAUGAAGUCGUUGAAGGUAGAAAUCUCUGCGAACUCUACAGAGCAACGGGCGACUGUGCUGAGGGCUCAAGAGUCAACCAUGCGUUUGAACAGUUCUUUGUGAGAUUUGUUUGGGGCUCCAGCACUAGAAAAUUUCAGAAGGAAAUCUCUGUGGACGUUAUCAUUGCAAACCUGAAAGAGAUCCUGUCUGCGUGUCACGAGGACAUUAUUACCAGUCUACUGCUAGUUGGAGGCUACUCUGAGUCACCACAGUGUGGCAUGUCUCGUUCAGAGCCUGUUUAUGAGGUUCAGGCUGCCGUAAUCGUUGAGAUAGAUUUAGAGACUACACAUACAGGAUAUACCUUCAUGUUUACAAGUGGCCAGCCCUACAUCUACAUAGCCAUGGCUAAAAGAGAUGGAACCAAACUUCCUCAGCCCAGAUAA